CACCUCCUCCCCCUGCCUUCCGCACCCUGCCUCACCCCGGCUCGCAAGAGUGGUGAGUGAGGUUAGAAGGGUUCUGAGUGCAAGAGGCUGCUCUCAUGUUUUCGGUUUUGAUUUGUCUUUACGUCCGUCUGUUUGGUUUCACCCUGUUACCCAGUGGAUCAGCGAGUUCCUGAUUGACUUGAAAAUGAGGACGUGCUUUGUGCCGGACUGUGAUCACUCUGAUAAGAAAAAUGGUUGCAAAUUUACUAAGUUCCCUAAUACUCCUGAGAGGAAAAAGAGAUGGAUUGCUGCUAUAAUGAGGGCAGACAGAUUACCUUCACAUCAUUCACGUGUGUGUAGUUGCCACUUCGCAGAUGGUAUAAAAGGCAUCUUCCUACGGCAAGUUCCUUCAAUUUUUAGGAGGCAAGAAGAACACCGUGAUUCUUUCUCUGAACUCAAACCAAAUGCAAGGAAGAGACUGCUUCAAGUUGUCGCCGAGCCUGAUGUCAGUGGUGGUGGGGUUUCUGUAUCCUAUUUUUCUGGAUUAUUGUCUCCAAGCGUGUCACGAUCUCACAUCAAUCAUGAACCAGCCUCAUCAUGUGAGAAUUUGGCUACUUCAUCAUUGGGUGAUAAGAACAAUACUAGUCAACAAUGUACUGGUGCAUCUGAUGAAUGCCCCAAGAAUCAUCCAAGUAAUUCGUCGUCCACAUCUCACCCUGUUGAUAGCCCUUCAAGUAGCAGUGACUCAACACUGAAACGCAGGAAGACAUUGGAUCUAAAUCUGGUCACGAGCCAAUCUCCAUUAGCUGGUAAUACUGGUUAUACUGAGUUCAUCAGUGGCGUGUCACCCAGGGUUCUGUCUGUGAUAUUUCCUUCCAAAAAAAGCACUAGCUCACAGACUGUUGCAAACACCAAAAAUGCUGCUACGCAGUGCUUGUUGCCAAUCACAAGGAACGAAUUUGCUUUAGGGAGCACCCAGAUAUAUCAUCAACCUACCAAAGUUGAUAUGGGAGUGCAGACUUCACCCAUCAUGUUUGAUGAUGCGGAUCAUUUUGUGACCUUUGGAGACAACCUGGGGGUUGUAAAAUCUCUUCUUGAGGAAGUUCAGGAGUGGAGAACUAAAGUGAUUCUAGCAGAAGGAAAAAUUAAUGAACUUUCUAAUGAACUUUCAGCAAAAAUUAAUGAACUUACAGCAAAGAUUUCUAAACUGACUGAGGAGUCCGACAUGAAAGACAAAAGCAUUAAAAAAAUGAGAGAAGACUUGGUAGAGUAUAAUGGUAAGCAUGCAACCCUACUGCGAAGGGAGAAGGAAUUAUUUGAGUCACUGCAGAAAGAGAAGGGCCGAAUGUUAUUUCGAGGCAUUUCUUCUGUUGAUGCUCAGGUAGCCCACUUCACUGGGUUACCAAAUGCCCAAAGUUUUGAGAAUUUGUGUGGUCAUUUCACUAAGCCAUUACAAUAUGUUCACAAGUCUGCUGUGACGAGCAUUUCAAGAGAAGACCAGAUUUACCUAACACUCAUGAAAUUAAAGUGCAACUUUGAUUUCAUAGACCUGGCUGUGUGGUUCAAUGUAAGCAAGACCACUGUUGCAAAUGUAUUUUUAACCAUUUUGGAUGCUUUUCAUCAAGAAAUCUUUUUGGAAGCUCUGAAAACUGUGCCUUCCCGAGAAGAAAAUAAUAGUUCUCUGCCCCAGUGUUUCAAGGGGCUCGAGGAUUGUCGCAUGAUAAUCAAUUGCACAGAGAUACACAUUGCCAAGCCCAAGACUCUACCUUUUAAAAACUUGGAGCUUAACAGGUACUCACUCUGUGAAAGCCAGAAGGGCCUUGUCGGCAUUGCCCCUAAUGGAGCAGUUACUUUUGUCAGCUCUCUGUUCGCCGGAUCAACUUCGGACAAACAAGUAGUUGAGAAUAGUGGGCUUCUGGAGAUAUUUGAACCUGGUGAUGAGGUUUUGGCAGACAGUGACUUUGCAAUAAGAGAGUUGUUGCUCCCCCUUGGGGCUGACACUCCACAAAUCACUCCUGACCAAGUAGAAAGAACAAAGGCAGCAGCAAGGGCUCGGAGUCAUGUGAAAAGAACUAUCCAAAGGAUUAAAGCAUACGGCAUUUUGAACUAUUUACCAAUCCACUUGAAGGAUGUCAGCUCUAAAAUUUUUCAAGUCUGUGCGGCCUUGACAAAUUUUCAAAAUCCCUUAUUAAGGGAGGACGAGGAUAAAAACUCAGGGCCAUAGAUUGAGACGGCAUUGAUAAUGACUUUCGUGCUGUGCCUCAAUGAAGAAUCAAAGAAUGUUUUCCAUUAUAUCAUUUCUAUGUAAUCCUAUGUACAUAGCAAUUAAAACACUCACCAAAGAAAAUCUU